AAUAUUUAGAGAUGCUAAAUAGUAAUCCAAUUCCAUAUUUCAAUCAAAAUUUUGACAAAACUGGUUGUAUUUUGAAAAUUUAGUCUAAACAUUUUUUUAAAAUAUCUUUUCAAUUAUGAUUUCUGCUCAAUGCUUGACCUCUUGCGACGAUGAAGAAGAUGAGAAUUCGCGUGUUGCAGUAAUUCUUGGUGGAGACCAACGCCCACCAUGUGGUGCAAAAAAUAUAUUAAUGGCCCCAAAAAUAAAGCUUAGUAGUGGGUACGAAAUGCCUGUUUUAGGUUUUGGUACUUAUAAGCUGCGCGGAUAUCAAUGUACUACAGCCGUUCACUGCGCAGUGGAAACCGGUUUUCGCCAUUUCGAUACAGCAUACUACUAUGAAAAUGAAAAGGAAGUAGGUGAAGCACUGCGAACUCAAAUUAAAAUGGGAAACGUCUCUAGAGAAAACAUUUUUCUAACCACAAAGUUGUGGAACACCCACCAUGAUCCACGUGAUGUUCAGCGUGUAUGCCAGCAGCAACUCGAUCUGCUUGGAUUUAAUUACAUCGACCUAUAUUUGAUGCAUUUCCCAGUUGGUUACAAGCAUCUGUGCGAUGAAAUUCUAAAGCCGAUGUCAGAUGAUAAAUUACAAACAACAGAUGUUGACUAUAUAGAUACCUGGCGUGCAAUGGAAGAUCUAGUUAAACUAGGCUUGGUUCGCAGUAUUGGUUUAUCAAACUUUAACAUGGAACAAAUGCAACGUAUUAUUCAAUGCAGUUCUUCGAAGCCUGUAGUGAAUCAAGUUGAAAUUUGGCCUGGGUUUCUUCAAAAGGAUUUGGUUGAUUAUUGCCGAUAUAAUGGAAUUGCUGUGACAGCUUAUUCGCCGCUAGGUCAACCUAAUAGAGAAGAUCAUAGUCCCAUAUAUUUUUUUUCAGAAGGUAUGAAACGAUUGGUUAAAAAAUACAAGCGGUCUGCUAGUCAAAUUGUGCUGCGAUAUUUGGUUGAUUACGGAGUAAUACCAAUACCUAAAGCGGCAAAUCCCUUGCACAUUAAAGAAAAUCUCAAUAUUUUUGAUUUCAAGCUGGAGGAAGCCGAUUCACGUGCCUUACGGGGAAUAAAACCGAAAAAAAGAAUUGUCAAAUACGAAAUGGUCAAAGAUCAUCCCUUUUACCCUUUUGAGCGUGAUGUCGAUGAAGAUGAUCAGCCAGAUAUUAAAUCUAUUGUAGAACCUGAGAUAACAAAUCCACAGCCUGAAGAUGAGGAAGAGAAAGAAGAAGAUACAAAUAUGAAUGAUGAAUAAUAUAAUGUUUCAUACCCAUAUAUUCAAAUUUUGGAAUUAAAUUUUCUCUCGGCGUUGCUUUUUUUUACAUUUACACUUGUCAGCAUUUAUAUAGAGGGCAAUUAUAUAUAAAUCCAAUA